AUGGGUUUGGUAGGAAGCUUGGUUUGGGUGAAUGCAUACAGUAGGAGGCAGUGUAGGAGCCUGUUCUGGAGAAUGAGAGCGGCAUUGAAGAAGGCACUCAAGAACUCUGGCAAGCAGCAGUUGAGGUUCCAGUAUGAUCCUUCCAGCUAUGCUCUGAAUUUUGAUGAUGGCUCUUGGAAAUCAGCCCAGGAAGCAAAUGCUUUGAAAUUGAAACAUGCAACAAAACCUCAGCUCCAUUCGGAUUUAGAUGUCAAAAAUACUGCUUGGGUUUAUGUUCUUUGGGUGGUUUCGGAGUGA